AUGCCGUACACACCCUACUGGGUCAGCAACGACCCCCAACCAGCCCUCCUCCCGCCAAUCCAACCACCAUCCUCUCUCUCCUUCACCCAGGGCUUCCUACUCGGCCAGCUCUCCAUCGCCCUAAUAAUCUUCUUCUUCAUAAAGUUCUUCAUCUUCGGCGACCCGCCCUCCGCCGACGACCGCGCGCUACACCUCUCCUCGCUGCGCCGCGCCCGCACCCUCGCCCACCAACACACGACCCGCAAACGCUCAAACUCCAACUCGACCUCGCUCCUCCGCCACAAAGACUCGCGCAGCAUAAUCCGCAAGGGAGAGGAAUCGCGUGGCGGGCCCAGCAUCGCCACCAUCCUCGCCAAAACAUACUACAAUGUCAAGGGCCACCAACCAGAGAGUCUGGACUGGUUCAACGUGCUGAUUGCGCAGACAAUCGCCCAACUGCGCGCAGAUGCCAGGCAGGACAACGCCGUGCUGACGUCGCUGACGGACAUCCUGAAUGGCGGGGUGAAACCGGAUUGGAUUGGCGAUAUCCACGUCACUGAGAUCGCGCUGGGGGAUGAAUUCCCCAUCUUCAGCAACUGCCGCGUCAUGCCCGCGGAAGACAGCGGCGUCGGGGGUGUAGACGAGACACGGCUCCAGGCGAAGAUGGACGUGGAUCUCAGCGACGUGAUCACGAUUGGUAUCGAAACGACGCUGAAUCUCAACUGGCCGAAGCCCAUGAGCGCCGUGCUCCCCGUCGCACUCGCAGUAAGCAUCGUCCGCUUCUCCGGCACACUGGCCCUAUCCUUCAUCCCGUCGAGUUCGCCCGACGCGCAGAAACACCAGGACGCCGAGCACGCCGACGCAAAACCUCCGCCUUCUACACCCACACCGAAAUCCCCAAAAACGCCCGCCCCCGCCCCUCCACAAGAACACCCCCACCGCCCAACAACCCUCUCCUUCACCUUCCUGCACGACUACCGCCUAGACCUGUCCGUCCGCUCCCUGGUCGGCUCACGCUCCCGGCUCCAAGACGUGCCCAAGAUCGCUCAACUAAUCGAGUCCCGCGUGCACGCCUGGUUCGACGAGCGCGCCGUCGAGCCGCGCUUCCAGCAGAUUGUCCUUCCCUCCCUCUGGCCGCGGAAACACAAUACGCGGGGUGGCGAGGAAGACGUGAUUAUCGAUGAUGAGGAGGAUGGGGACGGGGUUAUGGCAUUGGGGGAAGUAAUGACGGCAGAGCAGAAGCUCGAGGACGAGGGGCGGAAGAUCAGGGAUGCGGAGGUCAGGGCGGGCGAGCGCAAGAAAGGCGCUACUAGUUCUGGUUCUAUGCCUGUGAUGCGGGAGGAAGAUGGGAGUGGUGUACGGAGGAGACCGCAGCCAGCGAGCCGGUUUAGUUCUUUUUCGCAGGGCAUGACGGGGUUGAGGGGGAUGCCGGGCGCGAUGCCGUGGUGA